UGUCAAAAUGAGUAUAGAUUCUUGUUACGAAGGUUUAAUUGAAAAGUUGACUUGGCAAGGCAAAGUAAAAGAAAUAUCCGAGAAACUAUUGACUUGCAAAACAAAUUCAGAGAGAGUACUGCAAGUUUAUGAUGUUAUUAGUGAUUUUGAUGCCUUCCCAGAACCACUUGAGGUGAGUAAGUCAACUGAUUUGUCUUUAUACUACCGUAACCGUGGCAACGAGUGUUUCAAGAACUCUCAGUACUUUGAGGCCUGGCAAUGUUACAACUUGUCCUUGCUCCAUGCUCCUACCAGCUCAGAUGAUUAUGCAUUGGCUUUGUCAAACAGAUCAGCUGUGUUUUUCUUUUUAAAGAAAUAUAAGGAAUGCAUAAAAGAUAUCAAAAUAGUACUAACUUUGAAUUAUCCAGAAAGGUUACAUGAGAAGCUUGUUAAAAGACAAAAGUCUUGUGAAGAGUGCCUUAAAUUAGAUUUGAAUGACUUGAAAACUUUAAUUUCUGAGAGAUCUCUUGAAAUUGAUGAAAUUACAAAAUUAGAAAGUCCAAGAGACAGCACCUAUUUGUGUGCUAGUAACAAACUCCAAGUGGCAUACAAUUCAGAAAUGGGAAGGCAUGUUAUUGCCAAAGAAGAUAUAAAAGUUGGGGAAGUAUUGGUUGAAGAAAAUCCAUAUUUCAUCUUAUUGCAAAAGAAUGAAUAUCUAUUCAGUUGCAGCUAUUGUUUAUCAAGGGACCUGAAUCUCAUUCCUUGUGAUAAUUGCUGUUUUACACUAUUCUGUAGUGAAGAAUGUAAAACUAGCGCAGAGAAGGACUAUCACUCUGUUGAAUGCCCACUAAUGGGUGCUCUUAUUGAUUUAGAAUUCACAAAACUGGAAUUACUCGCAUUGAGAACUACUAUAAAAGCCCAUAACGAUCAUCCGGAUUGGGACAGUUUGUUCAAAACAAUUGAAGAUGCCGAAUCAAACUUGAACUCUGAACAUAGAGGUUGUAUUCUACAAGAUGAUAAAUGGAUUUAUGAUUCAAAAUAUUAUGCUUCUAUCCAUACAUUAGCUACAAAUAUUGAGAGGCGAUCUAAUUCUGAUGUCUUUCAAAAGGCUGUGACUGCCGCAGUGUUUUUGAAAUUUUUGUCUGACCAAACACAAUUCCUCAGCAAUAAUAAUGAUGGAGUCCGUAGAUGUGUAGCUGAUUUGUUACUUCUACAUAUUAUGACAAGUGCUACCAACAUGCAUGGACUGAGUUCGAACAUUGAGAAUGCUGAAGGGAAUUUUGUGGAAGAGUUGAGUCUAGCGAGUGCACCAUAUGCAUUCCAUAGUCUUCUGAACCAUUCCUGUGCCCCCAAUGUGGUGCGGUACAGCAAGCUGGGGUCUGGAAAGAUGACUUUGUUUGCUCUCCGGCCAAUCAAGAAAGGAACACAAAUUUUUGAUAACUAUGGAUCUCAUCACGCCCUCCAAGAUCUGAAAGCGCGGCAGAAGAAUCUCAAAUUUCAGUACAAAUUCAUAUGCGUCUGCGAGGCUUGCGUCAAUGAUUGGCCCACUUACCUCACUAUGAAGAUGUCGUCCAGCAAAACCAAAGUCCCAGUCAACCUCAUGUUACGUAAAGAACAACUCUUAAACCCUGUCAUCAUAGAUAAACUACAGAAAGGGGAUGUAGAUACAGCAUUGAACAUUUUUAAACCUCUCUGCGAAUUGACUGAGGUGUUAGAUCCCUUCGCCCCUAAUGUUGAAUUAGCUGAAUGCCAAGAAACUCUUAAACAGUGCCUUGUUAUCUUUGGAGGACUUGUGCCUUAUGGAUAUAGUAAACUUGUUGAGUGGGACGUUAAAACGAAUAAGAAUUGUUGUAUUACCAAGUUUUUGAGGGGAACAUAUUUUUCAAGUUAGUGAAUUUUUCAAGUGUUACGUUUUUGAUAUUUUAUAUUUAUAACUUGAAUGAGGAGGGACACUGAUAGGUCAGGGAUUCAGGGUAUCUAGCAAACGUCAUAAUCGCUUACGAUAAUAUAUUAAUAUCUUUAACGUAGCUCUCUAAGGUACCAACACCACACCUCGGACACUGGCGAACAAAUAUAUAAAAGGGGCGCGUUCCUAGCACACAUUCUAAGCUGGUGUAAGUGAACGCGUACUGUGCUUGUUUAAGUGAAAUAUCGACUGUUCGCGUUGUUGACAGGCGGUAACUGUGAGGUAACCGAGAUGGGGUGUGCGGCACUUUCAGCGGGGAGCGGGAGUGCCAAUACCGAAGAGAGACAGAGCUAGCUACGAUAACGAUGUUCUGGUAACCGAUUGUUACGUACUGGCGUAUUUGGUACAGAUGUCUCCACUGCAACCGCUGUAAUAGUGCUAAGGCACGACCGCGCCGCACCAAGGUCAUCCACAAACUAUCCUGUAAGUAACAGCGAGAAAGAGUUUUUUUCUCGCUCUUUCUUAAGUGGAAAGUUUCAUGAUGCGGUGCGGGCGUAUGUUAGCUAUUUAACGAAGUACAGUCAACCUAUUGGAAUCCUAGGCCACUUUACAACCAUGUCGAAAUGACAAGCAGUAAGAGAUUUCUUACAAUCUGAUUUAUAAAGUCACUAUGACCUAGUUCUGCAGGGGCCUGGCGUUCCAAUUGGUUGACUGUACCUACGUCCUCCAGCAUAGGGUGUCUUGACAAGCCAGAAAAAAAUCGAGAUAAGGCACUGGUCAUACCGCGACCUAGUAAGCUAUGAGCUACUCCCGUGUAAAUAAAAGAGACACGGCGAUGUCUAUAGUUACUCGCCCAGCGGUGAGCUAUUAAAAUCGCCAUGUCUCUUAUUUGCACGGGAGUGCUUAUCUUUUGUUCGUUUUUAUAGCCGAUAGCUCAUAGCUUACUAGCUCGCGGUGGGACCAGUGCCUAAAGUGUAUAGGCGCCUAGGCGGUUAUAGUGGCGCUACUUGGCGUGAAAGUAUGACACUUUCUCCUCAUUCAUCAUUGGUGAUUGAUUAAAAACCGUGCCAUAUACAUAUCAGCAAUAAAAUAUAAUGUUCCAUUUAUUGCUUAUUACUGUGCUUAUAAUAUAAUGUCUUGUGUUUAAUAAUGAUUUUGUACUGCAGUAUUUUUAUAAAUUUUUAGUAGGAAGUAAGAAAAAGUGUUAUUACAAAAAUUGUUUUAUUGUCUUUUGUACUUACUUAAGAGCAAAUAAAGAGCUUAUGAUUACA